CGCAGAGGAGUUGGGUUGAAAGCAGUUAGAGAGAGAGAUUUACAAAAUAAAAAAUAAAAAAUAGAAAAAAUCAGAUAGUUGAACGAACCCUUUAUCGAUUUUUUCAGCUUUAUAUUCUGAAAUCCCUAUUUCAUCCUCAAAAUCCCUAUAAAUCCAGUCUCUUUCCGUUUCUAGGGUUUCUCUGUUUCUCCCUCGACAGAAGAAAAAAGCUACGGAUUAACAGAUUCUCUCGAUCAGUUAAAUUGAUUGGCACCAUGCACUAGAAAUGGAUUCGGAAGAUCCAGAGCUGUUUUGAGGGCAUGCAACAAGCUUGAAUCAUGGGCAAUGAAGAGGCGGGUACUCCAGCAAAGACCCCAAAGGCAUCAUCAGCACAGGAGCAGCCUCCUCCUAGCAGCCCUGCCACACCUUAUGCCGACUGGGCUUCAUAUCAGGCAUACUAUAACCCUGCUGGAACCCCUCCUAUUCCACCACCACUUGGUUUCUUUCAUUCUUCUGUUGCAUCCAGUCCUCAAACUCAUCCAUACAUGUGGGGCGCACAGCACAUGAUGCCUCCAUAUGGGACGCCUCCUCCUUAUGUUACUAUGUUUCCUCCUGGGGGACUUUAUCCUCAUCCAUCCAUGCCACCGGGAUCUCAUCCAUAUGGCCCUUAUGCAAUCCCUUCCCCAAGUGGGACUGCUGAAGCUGCUGUUGCUGCAGCUGGUGGCACGGAACUAGAGGGUAAGUCAGUCGAAGGUAAGAACAGGAGUCCCCUAAAGACAUCCAAAGGAAGCCUAGGGAGUCUGACUAUGCUUACAGGAAAGAGUAAUGAGAUGGAUAAAGCAUCUGGAGCUUCCACCAAUGGAGCCCUGUCACAAAGUGGUGAGAGUGGAAAUGAUGGUUCAAGCGAAGGAAGUGAUGCCAAUUCUCAAAAUGGUUCACAGCAAAAAACAAGCUGCCAUCAAGGCUCAUUGAGUGCUGAUGACGCCCAGAAUGGGGCCACUAGUUGCAGUGCACCAAGUAGGGUCACACAGGCUCCCUCGAUCCAGACCACGGCGAAUCAAACUGUGCCAAUGAUGCCCAUUCCACCAAGUGCUAUGACUGGUCCGACAACGAACCUGAAUAUUGGCAUGGACUUUUGGGGAGGGACUGCUGCUUCCCCCAUGACACCAAUCCGAGGCAAGCUCCCUAUUGCACCAACUACAGCAGCCACGGUUCCCACCAGUCUUUUGGGAUCACGUGAUGGCGUUCCUACGGAACUCUGGUUACAGGAUGAAAGAGAGCUUAAGAGGCAACGAAGAAAACAGUCUAACAGGGAAUCAGCACGCCGUUCAAGGCUGAGGAAGCAGGCUGAGUGUGAAGAACUGGCCCAGCGUGUGGAAACUCUAAAGGAGGAGAACAGUUUGCUCAGAGAUGAAUUGGAGCAUAUGCGGGAGGAAUGUCAGAAACUCACGGCUGAAAAUGUUUCUCUUACAGAGAGACUUGAGAAGCACCAGGGGCAGGAACCAAGAUCGGAAGAUGUUCGUGGUCCAGAGAGGCAAGUAACAUAGAAACCCAGGAAGAGUGACUGCUGAAAGCAGGUACUGUAGCUCACACCCUAAGUAGCCAAGCCUCUUCUUCUGUUUUUUUUUUCUUUUUCUUUUUCCUUCUUCUUUCUUCUUUUUUCUUUUAAAUGAUCAACGGCUGACAUCUGCUGAUGCUAAUGUGGCCUGUCCCACUAUCCUUUGUGUAACAACAUGUGAGAGGGCUCAUUAGAGGAGGGUUAGGUGUAAUUGGUGAAAUAGAGAGGUGACUGCUAAGCUAUUGCUAACCAAAGGGACACUAUAAUGAAUUCAUACAUAAUAUAUAUAUUAUAUAUUGUAUUGUUAGAAAUUA